AUGGCAAGAACCAAGCAGACCGCCCGUAAGUCCACCGGUGGCAAAGCCCCGAGGAAGCAGCUCGCCACCAAAGCCGCCCGUAAGAGCGCUCCCGCCACCGGCGGCGUGAAGAAGCCUCAUCGUUACAGGCCCGGCACCGUGGCUCUGAGAGAGAUCCGCCGCUACCAGAAGUCCACCGAGCUGCUCAUCCGCAAACUGCCUUUCCAGCGCCUGGUGAGAGAGAUCGCUCAGGACUUCAAGACGGAUCUGCGCUUCCAGAGCUCCGCCGUCAUGGCUCUGCAGGAGUCCAGCGAGGCUUAUCUGGUCGGUCUGUUCGAGGACACAAACCUGUGCGCCAUCCACGCUAAGAGGGUCACCAUCAUGCCCAAAGACAUUCAGCUGGCCCGCCGCAUCCGCGGAGAGCGCGCUUAAG